UCUUACAAACAUCAAGGCUACUUUGCCGACUUGGCCCUUUGAAUAGAUGGAAGUGCUAGAGUUCGCAAUAUAUUUAUUAUUCGGGCACUUCGUAUGGAUCUGUAUGGACAUGCAAUAUAGCUUCAGCAUUAAUAACUUAUUGAAUUGAGAUCAAGUGCCUCGUUCCACCUGACAUCAAAGAAAAUAUCCGACUGCAGCCACAUUUCAUUCGCGAUCAGUGAUUGGCUGUUAGUCAAAGUAGACCGACACAUGAUGAAAACGAAUCUGUGAUGACAAUUUACAUUGUUGAUGGAGUACCUUGCUGAAUUUAUAAUUUGGGUGCACAGCUAGCACUUUGUCAUUUUCCACUUCUUUCUUUAUUUCAAGCUAGUUUAAGUGUUGUUUAAAUUAAACAUGGCUGAUAUAAUGACUGCGAGUUGCAAACUUAAACAAAGACAAUGGUAGGCUAAUGUUGUUGAUAUUUUCAUUGUCAAUGAUGAGGUUCAGACGUUCACUCCGAUCAUUUAAGUUUGGAAAGCUAAUUGUGAUAUUAGUCAUACUUGUGAUAUUUCUUCAAAUACUCCACAUGAUUAUGAUAGCUCGUUUUGAAUCCAAAGACUGGCUGGAAAAAACGAAGCUGCCUCAAAGAGAUCGGCGGAAAACCCUAUUCUUCAAAUCUUUGAUCAAAAGCAUGGAGGCACGGAUACGUACUUCCCAUCGGCUGGACAAUAGUGGCACUUAUCAUAUAAUAGACAACAUUGUCCUACCUCGUGCAGAUCGGUCGUCACAAGACGAUGAGUUAUCUAUUGUCACACAGUGUUCUUCAAACCAUCUCGACUACCUUGUUCCUUUAACGGGACGGUGGGGUGGUCCCGUUUCUGUAUCGGUAUUCACGUUUGACACUGAUGUCAAUGAUGUUCUGUAUAACAUAGCUUACUAUCACUUGUGCAAUGAACAAAUACGACAAUCAACAUCUUUUCAUUUGGUGUAUCCAAUUGAUAGAACGCCUGUAAGCAUUAACAGCAAUUGGACAAUCCAAGCAACUUGUGAUAAAAAGUUGGAUCUGGGAACGACCUUCGGUAGCAACUACGAUAUUGGUGGAAUCCCCUUUCCCCAUAAUCUUCUGAGAAACCUAGCAAUCAGAUACACCAAAACUCCAUACGUACUGAUGAUCGACAUAGACAUGCUUCCGUCCAUUAAGCUUAAACAAAGUUUUCAUUCGUUUUUUAAAACCGUCCGAACUGUAGGCACCGAGACACUAAAAACUGCUUUUGUUUUACCUGCAUUUGAAGUUCAAACGGACAUUGACGUUCCAUCGGAGAAAGCCGAGUUGCUCAUCCAGUGGGGUAAAGGCAACGUUCGUCCGUUUUACAGGACUGCUUGUUGGAAAUGUCAGAAGCAGACACAGUAUGAACGGUGGAAGAAGCUGGAGCCCAAGACUAGGUUAGAGGUGGCCUAUUCGUUGAGUUGGAAAGACCCGUGGGAACCUUUCUUCAUCGGAGACAAGUCUCUUCCAGAUUACGAUGAACGGUUUAAACAAUACGGUUUCAACAGAAUAAGUCAGGUUUGCGAGAUGCACAUAGCCGGCUUCCAGUUUUCUGUUUUAAAUAACGCUUUUCUUGUGCAUCAUGGAUUCAAGGAGCCGAAAGAAUUCCACAAAACAAAGGAGGACGAGCUCAACAAAAAUCGUCUGCUUUUCCGACGGUUCAAGGAAGAGUUGAAAGUGAAAUAUCCCGAGUCCGAUAGAAGAUGCUACUAAAUGCUAAAACUAUUAUUAUUAUUAUUAUUAAAAUACGUUUAUGAAUUGUGUUGAUGCAUCGGCAUCAUUUUUUUUAUACAACUUUUAAAAUGAAAAAAAAAGAGAAGCUUUGAUCACUGUUAUUGGGGGGCAUGUCGUGUUGCGCUGGAUGUAUGGUCUGCUUUUUAAAUGUCAGUUUGAGUUAACAUUUUAACCAAUUUGUCAUCGAUUUCAUGGUGCUUCCAGUGAAUGUGGUCAAGAAUGGAAUUCUAAUGAAUCUGCAGUGAUGACCAUAGACAAAACUCUGUAUAUGUAUAGAAAGAACAUUGUGUUAUUCUGUCCUUGAUAUUAAGGAGUAAGUCGUACGUAUAAAAUGUUUUCAUUAUUUUUUACAUGGAAGUCUCUUUGUACUUGUUGAAUAAAUGUGAAAAAUAUUGAAA